AUGGCGGACCUGAUGGCUGCCACCAGCGGACUUCCUGCUACAUCCGGCGGCAAUGGGGCGGCAUCUACCCGCCGUCCCACAGCUGGGCCUGCGCCGACCAGUUCGCCGUCUGGAAUUCGAGGGCCGAGGAUGAUUAUGCAAGAACGGGCUGCCAGAGAAGCGAGACAGAGGGCAGAAGCUGAACAGCUGGCUCUAGAACGAAGCAGAGCCGAGCAGGAAGCACGUUUGCUGGAUGAAACACGACGAAGGAAUGCCGAACGUCCAUCUGCUGGCGUUGCUGCUGGGCAACUCAGCGGCACAGAGCCGCCACAACUGCAGCAGCAGCAACACUCACCACCCCGUGGUCGUGGCCAAGCUGCCCAAGAAGCCACACAUGCUCAUAGAGUCCCAGCCGCAGUACCUACGGCUAAACCAUCAGCAGAGCAGCAAAUACCUGCACAAUUUGCACCCAACACCACCCAGCAACCUACCAGAUCACCUACAUAUGUCACAUCUAGUGGCCGGCCGCGGCCCCAACAGCAGACCAUUGCCCCGGCGGAACCCACGACUCAACCCACGGAGCCUGCGAAGCCUAGGAAUUCGUUCCCCCAUGCCUUUGAGCGGUGGGAAACGCUAUCUGCUCAUUGGGAGGGCCUGACAAGCUACUGGAUUAGGAAACUAGAGCAGAACAAGGACGACAUCAACCGCGACCCCUUGAGCCAACAACUCGCGCGGCAAGUUACUGACUUGUCAGCGGCUGGUGCCAACUUGUUUCAUGCGGUGGUCGAACUACAACGGCUACGCGCCAGCUCAGAGAGAAAGUUCCAGCGUUGGUUCUUUGAGACCAGAGCCGAGCUGGAACGAGCGCAGGAGGUCAAUGGCAUGCUCGAAAAGGCGCUGGAAAGAGAACGACGAGACCGCGCGAAUGCCAUUCGCGAUGCCAUCGUCCAUGAACGAGACACGUCCAAGGCCGAGAAACAGCUUGCUGAGAUGCGCAAGGAGCUGCAGAUUUCCAAGGAAGAAGCGCGCAGAGCUUGGGAGGAACUCGGACGGAGAGAGCAAGAGGAGCGAGACAGAACUUUAUCAUUACAGUCGGGCCACCCUACCGUUGUUGGCGGCGUACAAGUUGUUCCUAUGACGCAUGGCGGCGUCAGCCGGCAGGGCACCACCAGGAGGGAGCCAGAGGCGUAUCAAGCCGAGUACCCGCAAAGCUACGGCCCCGAGCACCCACAGGCGCCCUCGGCAGCAUCACCGACGACUUCGGGCCCCAGCGGCACCUAUUACAGACCCCACGAGCAGGGGCAGUCGCAUGCCCGAGGCAGAUCCGGCGGCUCAGAGGGCGCAUUCAGCGAAGGUGAGUACAUUAUUGACGCUGCAGGCAACUUUGUUCUCGACUCUCGAGGGCAGAAAAUCCCCUUUGUUGCCGCACCGCCCUCUGGAGCUUCGGUUUCUGAUCCGGAGGCAGACGAUUACGAUACGCCAGCAACGACGAACCCGCCCAGUGGUGCCCACGAGCCUGCAUCCGCGCCCGAGGGCGAGGGUAGAUGGACCGGUGAUUAUUCGGAUCCCCAGGACUACUCUGGGCAGGGAUAUGGUGCACCUGGCUGGGAGACUGUUCCGCGGCAUCACCAUCCAACGCGGCUGAGCGACGUGAUUGAGGAGGAGGAUGAGCGAAGUCGCACGAGCGCAAGUCAAAGCCGGGGCCAUUGA